UCCGCCCUACCUACCCUUGGGGCCGCUGCCGCCGCUACUUCCUCCAGCGGUUGCGGCGAGGAGGCGGCCCGCAGACUGGCCCACCAUGCCGUCCACUCCGUUACCGCCCAAGGAGAGCAACCUUUUCAAGCGGAUUCUGAAAUGUUAUGAACAAAAACAAUACAAAAAUGGACUCAAAUUUUGUAAGAUGAUUCUCUCCAAUCCAAAGUUUGCUGAACAUGGAGAAACCUUGGCAAUGAAAGGACUGACCUUGAACUGUUUAGGAAAAAAAGAAGAGGCAUAUGAAUUUGUGCGUAGGGGACUUCGUAAUGAUGUCAAAAGUCAUGUCUGUUGGCAUGUUUAUGGACUCUUGCAGCGCUCUGAUAAAAAAUAUGAUGAAGCAAUUAAAUGCUAUCGUAAUGCUCUUAAGUUGGAUAAAGACAAUCUACAAAUACUAAGAGAUCUCUCACUGCUCCAGAUCCAAAUGAGGGAUCUUGAGGGAUACAGAGAAACCAGAUAUCAGCUACUCCAGCUGCGACCUACUCAGAGGGCUUCAUGGAUUGGAUAUGCAAUUGCAUAUCAUUUGUUGAAGGAUUAUGAUAUGGCCUUAAAGCUACUGGAAGAAUUUAGAAAAACUCAACAGAUUCCUCCUAACAAAAUAGAUUAUGAGUAUAGUGAAUUAUUAUUGUACCAGAAUCAAGUGAUGAGAGAAGCAGAUCUGUUUCAAGAAUCUUUGGAACAUGUAGAAACUUACGAAAGGCAGAUAUGUGAUAAGCUCAUGAUCAAUGAAAUCAAAGGAGAAAUGUUAUUAAAGUUGGGAAGACUAAAAGAAGCUUCUGAAAUAUACAAAGAACUCAUUGAUCGGAAUUCAGAAAAUUGGCAUUACUAUGAAGGCUUGGAAAAGGCUCUACAAGCACGCACUUUAGAACAAAGGCUAGAAGUAUACGAAGGAAUAAGUAGGCAACAUCCAAGAGCUGUUUCACCUAGAAGAUUACCUCUAAACUUUGUCACAGGUGAGAAAUUUAGAGAACUGAUGGAUAAAUUUCUGAGGGUCCACUUCAGUAAAGGCUGCCCACCCUUGUUUACUACACUGAAAUCUUUGUAUUACAAUACAGAAAAGGUUUCCACAAUUCAAGAACUUGUUACUGGUUAUGAAAUGUCUUUGAAAACCUGUGAUCUGUUUAGUCCAUAUGAAAACGGAGAGCGAGAGCCCCCAACUACAUUGCUUUGGGUUCGUUAUUUCCUUGCUCAGCACUUUGACAAACUUGGUCAGUUUUCCUUGGCCCUGGAUUACAUUAAUUCUGCUAUUGCAAGUACUCCAACGUUAAUAGAGUUGUUCUAUUUGAAAGCAAAAAUUUACAAGCAUGUAGGCAAUGUCAAGGAGGCUGCCAAAUGGAUGGAUGAAGCACAAUCACUGGAUACAGCUGAUAGAUUCAUCAAUUCCAAAUGUGCAAAAUAUAUGCUACGAGCAAAUAUGGUGAAAGAUGCAGAGGAAAUGUGUUCGAAGUUCACAAGGGAAGGAACAUCUGCAAUGGAGAAUCUCAAUGAAAUGCAGUGUAUGUGGUUCCAGACAGAAUGUGCUUUAGCUUUUCAGAGAUUAGGAAAAUAUGGGGAUGCCUUGAAAAAAUGCCAUGAAGUGGAGAGGCACUUUUUUGAGAUAACAGAUGAUCAGUUUGACUUCCAUACAUACUGCAUGAGAAAGAUGACGCUGCGUGCCUACGUUGAUCUCUUGAGAUUGGAAGAUGUUCUCAGAAAACACGCCUUCUAUUUCAAAGCUGCUCGGUCAGCAACUGAAAUAUACUUGAAGCUACAUGAUAAUCCACUAGCCAAUGAAAGCAAAGAACAAGAAGUAAAUUCAGAAAACCUUUCUGCCAAAGAACUUAAGAAGAUGCUUAGUAAGCAAAGACGAGCACAGAAGAAAGCUAAACUUGAAGAAGAAAGAAAGCAUGCAGAAAGAGAGAGGCAGCAGAAGAAUCAAAAGAAGAAACGAGAUGAGGAAGAAGAAGAAACUAGUGGUCCGAAGGAAGAAUUAAUACCCGAAAAACUGGAAAGGGUUGAUAAUCCAUUAGAGGAAGCUAUUAAGUUCCUUAUACCACUUAAGAAUCUUGUGGCAGACAACAUAGACACACAUCUCUUAGCAUUUGAAAUAUAUUUUAGGAAAGGAAAAUUUCUAUUAAUGUUACAGUCCGUUAAAAGAGCUUUCACAAUUGACAGUAAUAACCCAUGGCUACAUGAAUGUUUGAUUAAAUUCUCCAAAUGUGUGUCUGAUCAUAGCAAUUUGCCAGAAAUUGUGAACAAAGUUCUAACACAAGAAAUGCAGAAGAUCUUCAUUAGCAAAGAUUUGGAAAGUUAUAAUGAAGAAUUCCUCAAACGUAAUUCUACCUCCAUACAGCAUCUGCUGUCAGGUGCCAAGAUGAUGUAUUUCCUGGACAACUCAAGGCAAGAGAAAGCUAUUGCUAUUGCUACUAGACUAGAUGAAACUAUAAAAGACAAACAUGUAAAGACUUUAACAAGAGUUUUGGAGUCCUUACUUGAUGGCAGCUUUGGAACAUGUCACACCCAGAGUGAGGAGUAUCGAAUAGCCUGCCACAAAAUGUUCCCUUUAGCUUCUGCCUUUAUGUCUCCUACAAACGAAGAUGAUGGUUGUUUUUUAUCAGUCAAUCAUACAACUGUUAAUCAUGAUGUACUGUCCAAUGAAAUUUAAAGUAGGAAAAAGCUAUUUCCCUUUCAGACUGGAUGCAGAGUUCCUUCUGAGGAUACGUUGAAACAGUGGAAGUGUGUAACAGGCAAUUGAAUGAAAAUGUACUGUGAUCAUUUUCUCUCAACAAGAGCUGACAAUAUUUAUGUAAAGAUUUAUCUCUCAGUAAUACUGGUCAUGUUUAUACUUGUACAGUUAUGAAUCUUUUCAUCUUAAAUCACGCGCACUAAAAUUGACCAUUCACAUAGAUGUUGUUACAUAUACAAGUAAAUACACUUAUUUCUUACAAAACAAACCGAGAAAAGUUGGCAAACCAGGAUUUAUAUAAAGUUGCAUGUCUUGUCCAUUGUUUCCAUUUUUUAAAAUGUUUCUUUCAAAGCACAAAUCCUCACCAUAGAUAAUAGCAAUGUUCUGCCAAUUCAGAUAUGGCAACAGUGCUGAUUAAUUUGGAGAGCUUGUUUGUGUUUUUAAUUAUUUUUAAAAGGAUCUUUCCCCCAUGAUUGUUUGAAUAGCUUAAUUAACACUUUAAAACCAAUGAAUGUCCAUUAUAUAUUUGUUUCUUUAUUAAGUAGCAAUUUUGAAAUACUAUAACAUCUCAAAAACAUAGAAAGAGACAGUAUCAUCCUGUCCAGAUAAUGAGUUCUGUUUACAGUGCAGAGCUUAUUAAAACUAAAGAGGUAAACUCUAAUUCAAUAAUUCCUGAAAUGUUGUUGCUGUAGAGGCUAUAAAACAAUUAGCAUUUAUGAUUUGCUUUUUUAAAAAUUAAAGUGAGCACAAUUAGUCUGACUACAAAUCACAGCUAAACUUUUUUAUUUUGGUGUAUACCUGAAUGCAUCACGCAUAUGACAUAUCAGGUUUUAAUUCUAUUGUCUUAAAUGUCUUACUUCAGGAAGUAAAUAGCUAUUCAUGAUGACUUUAUAUAAACUGCUGUUAAAACUUAAAAUACACUGUGGCUUGUACAAAAAUACAUUUUCUGGAAAAUAAUUAAACCAUUUGGUUUGCAUUUUAUGGUUAAUGUAAAUAUUUAAGUAAUACUACUUAGGCCCUAUGCAAAAUUCAAGAAGGGAAGGUUUAUCAAGACAACUGGUUCCUAAGACAGUCUUUGUCAUAUGUUUGGGAUCAGUUGAAUGAAAACUCACUGUAACAUAAUGCCAACCAAUGUAAUACUGUAAUAAAUUAUUUUGUACACAUUG